AUUGCCAGCUAUAUGAGGGCAGAGAUCCAUUAUGUUUUUCUUCUGCUUAUACCAGCACCUGGGACAUGGUAGGUGCUCAGUACAUUUGUUGGCUGGUUAAACGAACGCAUGGGAGGCAGAAUGAUGGAGCAGUUUGAAUUCUGGCUCUGUCCCUCCAGCUGUGUGACCCUUGCAAGUCAUCCCUCUCCAAGCUCCAGUUUGCUGUGACAUGUGGAUAAUGCUGCCACUGCCUCAGCGGGGUGUGAAGGACGGGGGCGAGAAGCCUCGGGGAGCACGGAUGGCGGACAAGGCUGGUUGGAUCAAGAAGAGCAGCGGGGGCUUCCUGGGGCUCUGGAAAGACCGCUAUCUGCUGCUCUGCCAGGCCCAGCUGCUGGUCUACGAGAACGAGGAUGAGCAAAACUGUGUGGAAACAGUGGAGCUGGGCAGCUAUGAGAAAUGCCAGGACCUUCGAGCCCUCCUUAAGCGGAGACACCGCUUUAUCCUGCUUCGAUCCCCAGGGAACAAGGUCAGCGACAUCAAAUUCCAAGCACCCAGCGGGGAGGAGAAGGAAUCCUGGAUCAAAGCCCUCAAUGAAGGGAUCAGCCGAGGCAAGAACAAGGCUUUUGAUGAGGUAAAGGUAGACAAGAGCUGUGCCCUGGAGCAUGUGACACGGGAUCGGGUGCGUGCGGGCCAGAAGCGCCGGCCACCUACAAGAGUCCACCUGAAGGAGGUAGCCAGCGCAGCUUCUGAUGGACUUUUGCGCCUGGACCUGGAUGUUCUGGACAGCGGGCCGCCAGUGUUUACCCCCAGCGAUGACGUCGGUGCAGCCCAGCCCCGGGAGAUACUCCGGCCCCCCAUGCCUCCUACCAAGCCUUCCCCAGCUCCUGAGAUGACCAGCCUUGGUGACAGAGUGGAAACCACUGUGGGGGAAAGAGCCCCAACCCCUGUCUCAGCAAACUCUGAGGCCCACCCUGAGAGCCCAGAGGACUCAGAGACUCUAGUGGGGAAGGACAAUGGCUUGGAACAGCCCCCCAACAAGGUCCUGUCUGACAAACUGAAGGUGAGCUGGGAGAACCCCAGCCCCGAGGAGUCCCCUGACGCUGAGAAUGUGGAACCACGCCCGAUGCUCUGUUCUGAGACUUCUGAGGCUACGCCCAAGGAGGGUGGGAAGCCCCCUACACCCCCACCCAAGAUCUUAUCAGAGAAACUGAGAGCCUCCAUGAAUGCGAUGGAGCCAGCCCAGAGUCCUGGGGCCUCUGAGACCUCUGUCCCAGGCCCAGCGCAAGUCUCGGUGAAUGGCAUGGAUGACAGUCCUGAGCCUGUCAAGUUAUCCCAGGCUGCAGGCACCCCAGGGACUCCCCCAAAGAAUGCAACAGUGUCCACAGCACUGCCACCCUGGGACCAGCCACCUCAGUUUCAUCCCCGCUGCUCCUCCGUGGGGGACCUGCUUGGGGAUGGCCCUCGGCGUCCACAGCAGCCUGGGGUACGGCUGUACCGGGCCCAGUUGGAGGUGAAGGUGGCUUCAGCACAGACGGAGAAACUGUUGAACGAGGUCAUGGGCAGUGAGCCCGCCCCUGCGAGCGCCGAGACAUUGCUCAGCCAGGCUGUGGAGCAGCUGAGACAGGCUACCCAGGUCCUGCAGGAAAUGCGAGAUCUGGGAGAGCUGAGCCAGGAAGCACCUGGGCCACUGGAGAAGCGGAAGGAGCUGGUGACUCUCUACAGGAGAAGUGCACCCUAGGGCCUGCCAGGCCAGGGCACCAUCCCCUUGGCCAGCCCAGUCUAUCAAAGCCCUGCUGAGAAAUGUGCUUCUGCUCAGUCUGUGUUGAAGGGCCAGUGGGCAUGUCAGGGUUUGGCCAGGACCUGCAGAGACUCCUGGUAUCCUCCCUGCCCUGCCUUGGCCAGUGGUGUCAGGUGCCACCCAGGGCCACUGUCUGGCUAUCUGGCCGGCCUCUGGGCUCUGGCUUGGGCUGGGAGCACACACUCAGGACCUCUGUGCUUGCAUGGUUGCUCCGAAAUGCCCCAGGGCUUUGGGAUAGCCCUGGGGAUUCUGGGGGUGGCAUAGUCUCUGCUUCUCACCCCCAGUAGUUUACAUUCCUGACUUCUGAAUAGAGCACAGCUGAGCUCCCCGCAGCCUCCAUGUCCAGAUAUCCUGAGGCAGAGAGCCUUAUGGCACAGGCAGCUGCAAGCCAUAACCAACCCUCCCACCCACCUGUUCCGAGUAGCUGCUGAGACCCUGGAUCCAGGCUGUGGGUUCAUACCUCAGUUGAGUGAGACCUGGAACCCAGCUAGGGCCUCUGAAGGCAGGUGGGAGGCAUCUGUGUAAAAAAGCCAUUAGCUCUGCGUCCCCUCUCUGGGCCUGUCCUAUUCUGCAGGCCUUCCCCUCUAGUGAGCUGUCACCAGAGGACAACAGGGUGGAGGAGGAACUCGAAGGGUCUCCCUGCCUUUGGACCAGCUUGUGUCCAGCCUUGCACAUUCCUAUAGAGGUGAACCCCAGGAUGACCCUGAUGUCAACAUCAGAAAAUCCUAUGUGUAAUUCAUUAUAAAUCAACCUUCAGAAGAGAAGCCACCCCAACUUCUGUGCCUCCCCAGAUGGGAUUUAUAGCUGGGUCUCUGUGGUUCCUCCUCAACCCAAGCAGGUCCAAUAUCCCAUCAUUUCUUCUAAUGCUGAGGGGGUAUGUCAGGGCCUAAACCACUUCCCUCUCUCCUCUUCCCCCCACCCUUCUGGCACAGGCCCCAGAUGGACUGCUCCUCCUGACCUUCCUAGUGGAAGGAGAGUUUUCUCCUGGUCCUUCCCUAGCCUGUGUCUGCAGCCUGGACCUCUCCCUAGGGCAUCUCCAUUACCCCUGGCUCUGGGAGCACGUCCAGUCUCCAUCCUGCUGCAGCAGCUGGACUGAGGGCAGAGCUUGUAGGUGCAGAGGCCCUGAAGGCCACAGCCACUCUCCCUGGGGCCCAUGGGAAUGGGAGAAGUUCCUGGGGGUUUCUGCAUGUGCACUUUUGUUUACUGAAAGAGAGGAGAGGGCGGGUCACAGCGUCCCCACACCCAGCCAGCAGUCGUGCCCACUGAGGCCUGCCGGUGCAGGUCAAUGCCGUCUUCACUGUACUUCUGCUUUGUUCUUGAGGGUAAUAGCCAGGGAUCAGGAGAGGCAGAUGUUCACUCUGUGGCCUGUACCGGGUAGGGGUGAGGGUAAGCAGCAGUGUCAUGGCUCGUGAGCCCCCAUGGGCCUCCCCAGACCACACUCCUUGGACAAACUAGGCUCUCAUGCCACAGUCUGCCUGUUCCUCCAUCUGUGUCCAGUAUGAGAGCAAGAAUGCCAUCAGAUGCCCACAGUCACAUGGCCCCCUAUAGUCUUCCUGUGGGGAACAGCUUUACGUCACCAGCAGCCUCGGCUGUCUGAGGCUUUAACCAAGUCACCUGCUUCCAGGGACUAGAGCCUCCUUUACCUCCUCUGAUAAGUGUGACCAGGCUGAGCGAGUCUCUCUGAGGCCACCUCAGUGGCCUAAUGCCAUUGGUUCCUAUGGGGCCCCCAUGCCUUGGCAGCCUGGGUCCCAAGGAGGAAGCCGGCUUUCAGGGGAGGGGGAGGAGAAGCGGGAGUACGCAGGUGCUGCCUUGCCUGCCCCCUCGAGGAGGAUGGCACUCCAUGUCUUCUGCUUAUGAAGCGCCUUUCUUGAAGUUUGGCAAUAAAUCCCUUUUUAUGGAA